AUGAUAUCAGAUAACGCGUCUACAUAUCUGUCUGCUGCUAAUGAAAUUAAACGAUUAUUGGAUUCCCCUGAAAUUCAAACCUAUCUUACGAACAGACGCGUGCAAUGGUCAUUCAUACCCAAACGAGCACCGUGGUUCGAGGGUUUUUGGGAGCGUUUGAUUGGCCUCGCCAAAACUGCUAUAAAGAAAGUCUUGGGUCGUUCAUUCGUAACAUACGACGAACUCAAUACUAUCAUAACUGAAAUCGAAUCUACUCUAAACGACCGUCCCCUGACGUAUGUGUCUACGGACAUUGACGACGCAACCCCGCUCACUCCGUCACAUUUAUUAAUUGGUCGCUUGGUUACGCCACUUCCGCAUUUCGUCGUGGACGACGAUGAAUUAUCUGACCCGACAUUUGGAAACCGACUAGAUCUCGAGAAACGCCACGCUCAUAUAUGUAAAUUACUAGAACAAUUUUGGAAACGUUGGACUAGCGAAUACCUCACGUCUUUGCGAGAACGACACAACAAUACGGUUGGUGCAACGGACAAUACAAUUAAGGUCGGUGAUGUUGUGUUAAUGCAUAGUGAUAUCGCUCGUCGUGUAAAUUGGCGUUUAGCCACCGUUCAAAGAUUAAAUGUCGGAAAUGAUGGACUUGCACGUUCUGCUGAACUCAAGACUACCAGUGGAUUUACAAACAGACCGAUUACGAAACUAUAUCCCUUAGAAGCAUGUGGGAACAACGCGCCCACGCUAUCUAUCGAAAAAUCUCUUGCUGUGAAGUCUGUUCUACCCGGAAUUAAUGAAACUGUUACUCGCUGUCCACCCAGAACAGCCGCGACUAUAGCCCGACUACGCAUUCAGGACAUGAACGAUAUGUGA